GUGGCACCCUGUUCACACCGGCGCCCUGUUGUUACAGGAGGCUGGCACCGUGUCCCGUCUCUCCUCCCCCGCCCGCCCAGUCUUCUCCUCCUUCCGCCUCCUCCAGCCUCCUCUCCUCCCGGGCGUCCAGAGCUGUGUUUGCCGGUUUCACAAAAUGAGCAGCCGCGGCGGAUUUUACCGGCAGGAGCUGAACAAGACGGUGUGGGAGGUACCGGAUCGGUAUCAGCAUCUAACCCCCGUGGGCUCCGGGGCCUACGGCUCUGUCUGCUCGGCCUAUGAUACAAAGACAAGACAUAAGGUGGCAGUUAAAAAGCUUUCCCGGCCUUUUCAGUCCCUUGUUCAUGCACGACGGACCUAUAGGGAGCUACGUUUGCUCAAACACAUGAAACAUGAAAACGUUAUAGGGUUACUGGAUGUCUUUACCCCAUCUACUUCAGUUGAAACUUUUAAUGAAGUGUAUCUAGUAACAAAUCUAAUGGGAGCAGACCUAAAUAACAUUGUGAAGUGCCAGAAGCUGACAGAUGAUCAUAUCCAAUUCCUUAUAUAUCAGUUACUUCGUGGACUCAAGUAUAUCCAUUCAGCAGGAAUCAUCCACAGAGACUUGAAACCCAGCAAUUUAGCAGUAAAUGAAGAUUGUGAAUUAAGGAUUUUAGAUUUUGGUCUGGCAAGACAGACAGAUGAUGAAAUGACUGGAUAUGUAGCAACCAGAUGGUAUAGAGCUCCAGAGAUAAUGUUAAAUUGGAUGCACUACAACCAAACAGUUGAUAUUUGGUCAGUUGGAUGCAUUAUGGCAGAACUGUUGAAAGGCAAAGCUCUUUUUCCAGGCAAUGACUAUAUCGACCAGUUGAAGAGGAUAAUGGAAGUUGUAGGCACCCCUAAUUCUGAAUUUCUUAUGAAAAUUUCAUCCGAACAUGCUAGAAGGUAUAUUGAAUCUUUGCCACACAUGCCACAACAGGAUCUAAAUGAGGUAUUUCGCGGUGCCAACCCUCUAGCAAUUGAUUUGCUGAAGCGGAUGCUGAUCUUAGACAGUGAUAAACGGAUCACAGCCACUGAAGCUCUGGCACAUCCAUACUUUGAGCAGUAUCAUGAUCCAGAAGAUGAGCCGGAGGCUGAGCCCUAUGAUGAAUCUACAGAAAAUAAGGAACGCACAAUUGAUGAAUGGAAAGAGAUUACCUAUGAGGAAGUGGUUAGCUUUAAGCCACCUGAUAUUAAAAUUGAUAAUCUGGAAAUUGAACAGUAAAGAUCGGUCAUUUCUCAACUCACAUUGGACAAUUACAGUAUUGGCUUUGGCUUUUGCAACGUGAAAGGCUCUUGUUGACCAAAGACAAGGAUCCUGAAAACCCCAUCAUUGCAACCUCAUAACUGUUGCCAUCAACUUCCCUUUUUUAUUUUUUUUUUUUUUUGGGCCGGGGGGCAUUUUAAUUUAGAAUCUCCCAUUCAUAGCGCUACACACAAGCACAAUUGCAUGUAGUUUUUUUUUUUUGUUUUUUUUUUAUGUAUUUAUAUCUGGAUAUCUACUGUAUGAAUGUCAUUAAGUAUUUGUUAGAUAUCAGAUAUUCAUUCAGCUCUUACAGGUUCUUAUCAGAUUACUUGAAGCUUGAUUUUAUUUAUUUUCAUAGCCAACCAUAAGUUGUAUCCAAGCACUAAUCAAGGUCUAAUGUAUAUCCAUAAACAUGGCCUGGUCAGUUAGAUUUAUUGAUACAGAUGGACAUUGACAGUGAAGACCAGUUAACAUACAACCACGCUUGCCAACAUUACUGAAUAACUUGAAGACCUUUUGUAAGGUUAUCGGAAUCUAUGGGUAUCAUUUUUGGCUGCCAGCAUUACAUAUACUGCAUUAUUAGUGGUUACAUAACUUCCCACCGCCCCUUGAUUAUUCUCCCAGUCAAGUUGGUUUACUAUAUGGGAUCAAUUUAGAUUUUAUCAUCUUGGCACAUAGAUAUUUCAGUUAUUUACUACUAAAAUAGAAAAACCACCCUCUGGGUUGUAGUAAGUGGUUUGCUGAACAUUCCACAUACUUGUUCCCAACAGUGACCAGUUCAGUCCAACACUGUUAUAUUUUGUGGCUGCUACUUUAUUCUGAACUCACUAAAAAAAGUCAGAUUCCCAGUGGGACAAAAUCUGUUGUACAUAAUCUUGCUCUUCUGUACUUCCUUUCAAUCUAUAGUAAUAAUAAACUUCCCUGAGCAUAGAGAUGUGUGGGUGUUCAGAGAUAGUUAUGACGUCCUGCGUAAGCAGCGUGGGUGAAAAUUAUUUAUAUGCAUUGCUUUAUCAUGAUACAGCACGGCGUGUACAUUUACAGCGACAAAUAUUUAACAUGAAUGUGAAAAGCAGCUUUUUAUUGUGUAAUCUUUGCAUGUUAAAAUUUUCAUUGAUAAAAUGGGAGCGCCAUGUAAAAUGGAUUCACUUUUCAGGUAAAAGGAUUUUUUCCAGCUUUAAUAGCGGGUGCCUUUACAGGGUUGCUGUGCACAGUUAUGCCUACUAGAUCUCUUGACUGUCUGGGAGGUUGAUAUGAAAAAAAUUGUUGGUAAGCCUUUUAUUUGUCCUGCUGCCAAUAAAAUCAUUCUUUUAA